AUGUCAUUAGGGAACUAGCUUGGAAAUGCAUAAUAACUUAUGAAACAGAGGAAGAAAAGAAACUAAGAUCAUCAUAAUGUGAUUCCAGCCCAAAUUGACAAGGGUCUAUUUACUUUUAAUACUAGGGGAUUCAUGAUAAGAUAUUGUGAAGAAGAAGUUGAGCUGAAUGACAUAGGGCAUUUUAGAGUAGAACUAGAUAUCGAGGAUAGUUAACCUUCAAAUGUAGAAUUUUUCAUGGAGGUUGAACUGAUGUUUUCUGAUCUCUAAAACUAAGGAGGAAUUGAAAAAUUCUAACAAUCAAGUAACCUGAAAGAGAUAGACGGAAAUGCAGAAUUCAAAUGUGUGUCAGUGUAAAAAUUUAAAAUAAGAAAAUUAUGCGAUGGAAUCUUUGAUUACGUCCCUGUUACGUUUGAUGAACAGCAUUUUUGCAUUGCUCUCUGUACUAUCCACUCUAGCCUGCUUGACUUCAGGUUCAGGUCAAGAGAAUUAAAGCCAUUUUCUAGAGCUGAGUAUAUUAAAAUCCUUGAUCUAGAGAAAAAGAAUCAAGAAGGGGCAAAUAAAGUUCCAAUAGAAGAUAAAAAGGCCAAAGCUGCAAAAGAAAAGCAAGAUUAAGGUAAAGUAGAAGAGUGGAGGCCAUAGAAUAUAGCUGAAUACUUAUUUAGUAAUGAAAAAGGCGAGAUAGCAGAUGAUAUCGAUGCUGAGGAGAUAGACUAAAUCUAUAGCGGUUAUAUGCAGGCUCUAAUGACUUCAUAUGAAAAAUUAAAAGGAAAAUUUAAUAAUUUUGCUGCUAAAUGCUUAUCAGAAAGAUAGAAAAGGGAAUCAGGGCUUUUGUUGGUAGCUCCUCCACUAUCUUUGCCAGGAGAAAAAGAUAAUGAAGCAGAUACUGACAAUGCUACCUCAACCAAAUCAUUUAACCAUCCAGAGGAAAGCAAACUAAAAGAAAAUAUGAUUGGCUCUUAAAAUGAUAACAGAAUGGGAGGGCGACUAGGGGCAAGGAUGGAGAUAGCUAUUAAGAAAGAUAACAAUAAGAGUUAAGUAGGUGUAGUUGCUGCUCACAACUAAACGGUUAGAGCAGAAGAUGAGUCUUAAAUGAAUGUUGAUGAUGACGAGGGUGCGGUAAUUGAAGAGGAAAGUGUUUACACUAAUAGAAGAGGAUUAAAUUAACCAAAAAAUCUUAUAGAACGGGAGCCUGAAAGAGAACCAGACUUUAGUUACAGGGAAAAAAUGUAAGGACAAAAAUUUUAGAAAUCCCAUAAAUCUAACAAUAUCAUAAGUGGUGGAAAUGAUUGCCCAGAAGAUGAUGUAGACGUUGACCCUGAGGAUGAAGAGAACGGCAAUCAAUACAAUAUAUCUAACGAUGGUUCAUUAAUUAUCUCCGAGUCUAAUGAAUCUAUAUUAGAAAUGAAGAAAAUGACUGCUAUCCCUAUUCUUAAGAAUCAAGAUUAAUUCAAAAGUAAAAUUAGCAAAGAGAAUCAGUAAUUCGAUACAAAAUCAAGCAUGUAUCAUAAUAACAAGAAAAAUCAACUGCUUCCAUUUUCUUAGAGAGUGAGACUUCAAGACCCAUUUUAAAUAUCGUUCUAGCUUGUACAAGAUAUUAAUCUAGUGAGCAGUCAAGUAUUCUAACUCUGGCAUAAAUUGAUAGAAAUAAUUACGAUUAACCCCAAAUUCAUUUGCGAAUAUCUCAGAAUUUAAUAUGAAGAGAAAAUGAGAGAAGUGUAAGGAGAGCAUAUUUAUAGAACAAUCAUUGAGACUAAAGAUUUCGCUUUCCCAAGUGACGAAAAUGUUGGAGAAAUUCACAGGCAACUAGCUUAUAAAAAGAGAAAUGGUCCUAAUGGUUCAUUGUUAUCCUCCACCACUGAGGCAUUUAAUGUUAUAUAAUUAGGAAGCACAUCAUUGUCAGCUUAAAACAGCUCCUCUUCAAAUAUGGAAUCUUAGAAAACUGGAUAAUAGAUCUAAGCCAACAAAACAAACUAAAAUAAUAACCCUUAACUUUAAAAAGCACUUAAUGAGCUUUAGCCUAUUCUAUUUGAAGAAUGCUAUAUAAAAAGUAUGGACAAGAUCAAGUAAGUACAUGCUGAGUUGUAGCCUAAUACUUUCAAUGAGUACAACUAUAAGGGUGUACACUUGUUUGUAAUGGUUCAUGGCUUUUAAGGAAAUGCUUGUGAUAUGAGACUAUUGAGAAAUAAUAUAGCUCUAUUGUUCCCAGAAGCAAUGUUUCUUAGUUCAAAUGCAAAUGAAGACUAUACUGAAGGAGAUAUUUUUGAAAUGGGAGUAAGAUUAUCCCAAGAGGUCAAUUCGUAUAUCAGUUAAUACUGUCCAGGUUCAUCAUUAGGCAAGAUAAGCUUUAUUGCUCAUUCCCUUGGAGGAUUAAUUGUGAGAGCUGCUUUACCAUUCUUAGAGGAACACUCAGAUAAAAUGUACAAUUAUUUCACCUUAUCUUCAGCUCAUCUUGGCUAUAUGUUUACUCAGAGCAAGAUUGUUGAUGCAGGUAUGUGGCUAUUAAAAACCUGGCGUAAAUCCAAAUGUCUCUAGCAACUUAGAAUGAGUGACAAUAAAAAUCUCGAGGAGACUACUCUAUACAAACUGAGUGAAUUUAAAGGACUAAAUUGGUUCAAGCAUAUUGUCCUAGUUUCAUCAUAUCAAGAUUCAUAUGCACCAUUUGAAUCUGCGAGAAUACAGAUCUGCAACAAGGCAGCUAAUGAUGCUAGCAGAGGUAACAUCUACAUUAAGAUGGCAAGAAAUCUACUAUCUAAUUUGCCAGUCGAUGUGCUCUAUAGAAUCGAUGUAGACUUUAGGAUUGCAGAGAAAAAUUUGGAUUCCUUUAUUGGAAGAACAGCGCACAUUCAAUUCUUGGAAUGUUAGAAUGUAAUGAGAAUGCUGAUAUACAGAUUCAAGGAAUUCUUCUGCUGA